AAAUCGAUUUCAUUACGGGGCAUAUUAGAAAUGUUUUACUUUAAUUAGGAAAAUAGCUUGCGAACCAAAAAAACGAUUUGUUACUUGCAUCGCAAUUGAAAAAAAGCCAUAAUAAUCUUAAAUAAGUUACAAAAUCGCUGGUGACCAAGUGAAUUAGAACUUGACUGUCGUUCAAGCGACUAUAACAUUCUUUAAUAAUUUAUGAUUCGAUAACAUGAUUUAUCGAUUAAUCACAGCAAGAACGCGAAUUGACGUUUGAAAACUAAACGCUAGUGACAGUAUUUUUCCACUCUUUAAUCAACGGAAUUUCAAUCUUGAUAAUACCAAAUAAUGAGACUCGUGUACACAAAGUACUUAUUACAAAAAUUUCCAAUUGAAUCAUACUUGAGUGUGUGUCAGUGAUGUUAGAAAUGUGGUAGUGAUAAGCUACCAAUUAUAUUGACUGAAUAAACGUUACGCUGCUACCAGUGAGUUUUUACUUUUCAAUAAGUUAACAGCGCCUACAAUAAUGUCUCUCGAACCACCGAAAUACGAACUUUUGAACAAGGAAGACACCGCCAAACUAUUAUCAGUAUUCAAAGGAGAAAGAACCGGAUAUGUACUCGUAGGCCCGAAGAAGUGGUUCUUUCCUUUUAAAUACACGGAGCAGGCUAAAGGAUUUUACAAUUUUAAAGCAAGACCCGAUGACACAUGGGUCGUAUCCUAUCCCAGAUCCGGGACAACCUGGACCCAGGAAUUGGUGUGGCUGCUGUCGAAUAAUUUAGAUUUCGAGAGGGCGAAGAAAGAAUUGCUUACGGACCGAUUUCCGUUUCUUGAAUUCAGUAUAUUUCAUCAUCCAGAAGUGACGCGUGAAUUUGUGGAAAUGAACGAGGGCGAUAAAUGCAAACAAGAAUUGUGCAAAUGCCUAAGUUUACCAGGAUACGAGAUGUUAGAGAAACUUCCGUCUCCCAGAUUCGUCAAGACACACUUUCCGUUCAGUUUACUACCCGGAAUUCUAGAUACCGGUUGCAAGAUAGUGUACGUCGCGCGAAACCCGAAAGAUGUUAGCAUUUCUUGGUAUCAUUUAAAUAGAGGGAUCAAGACUCAAGCAUAUGAGGGUGACUUCGCGCAGUUUUGGGACUUCUUCCAAAAUAAUCUCACAUCAUGGAGUCCUUACUGGGAACAUUUGAAAGAAGCAUGGGCAGUGAGAGAUCACCCGAAUCUUUUGUUUAUGUUCUACGAAGAAAUGCAACACGAUUUUACGAAAGCUGCGAAAAAGGUGGCGAAAUUUCUUGGGAAAACGUACACCGAUAAACAAAUAGAAGAAUUAACGGAAUACUUGAAUUUCAAAAACUUUAAAAAUAACCCAAUGGUAAAUUCGAUCGUAUUGAAGGACUGCGGUAUUAUUACAGAAGACGGAAUAUUUAUUAGAAAGGGACAAAGCGGCGGUUGGAAAGACGUGUUCACACCGGAACUUAACGAAAAAGCUGACAAAUGGAUAGAGGAGAAUCUUAAAGGAACUGAUCUCACUUUCCCAUUUUUCGACAAUAAUAUUUGUAAUAAAUGUAAUUAA